UCCGCAAUAAUAAAGCCCGAGGAAUUCGUAUAUGCGGAAGUGGUGAUCAGUUAAUCCGUCAUUGUUGUGCCUUGUGACAACGAGUCAUCAAGCGACUAAUAUUUAUAUGCUCAUAGGAAUUUGUGAUUCUAGCAUUCAGUAUCGAAGUAUCAAGUGGAGUAUCACAAUCACGAAAUAAUCAAAAUGGCAGGAAAAGGUGGUUACCCAGGAAACAUGCCGCCAGGUUAUCAACAACCCCAAGGAACCUAUCCAGGUGGACCAGUGCCUCCUCCCUAUAGUGCCCAGCCUCAGACUGCUUACCCUGGGCCAACAGUUAUAGUCCAACAACAGAGAGUAAUUGCUGCCCCACCUCCAAGGAGCUCACAUGGUAUACUAGGUUUCCUGUCCAAGGAGGUGAAUGCUGUGGGGAGAAUGACAGAACGUGAGAUUAACUACGUAGCAGAUAAGGCGUUCGGCUCUAUUGACCAGAAUGCUACCUACCCAGUACUGGAUCACUUCCAGACAAACAAUGUAAUCCAGCUGGUGUCUCGAGCUAGUGGUCACACUAUUCAGAUUGUGGUGUCACCUACAGGACAACUAGUCGUGGAUGGUGCAGGUCAAGAGGGACCAAAUGUACCGAAUGCUAUCUGGACAGUGGUUAACGAAGGCAAAAAUCAGGUGCGUCUUCAUAACAAUAACAACUACCUGGCCAUCUCCAAUGGUAACACUUGCCUCGUCAACAUGCCACCAGGAAGCAAACAUGGUGUAGAAACUCUACUUCAGCUGUCCUCAUUUGGUAACCAGUUUGUCUCUCUCAUGUCAAAGAAGGUGCAUGGUCAAUAUGUGGGUGUGCUGCCCUCUGGACAACUCAAGGCCGCGCUCGCCACUGGGUGUGGUGACCAUGGACAGUUUGGCGUCAGACUCAUUUACUCACCUUACCCACCUCAGGCCCACAAGAAGUAACUCCUCUGUCACGACCACCAGUACAAGGACAUUCUAACAUUCAAGAUAUCUCUCUGACCUAGAUAUUGGAACACAGCUGUUGUUGUCGAGCAUUUUUGUUAUGUCAUUAAUUAUAUCUGUUUUGUGUGACCUGCAAUAUUUUUUUUUUCAAUUAUUUUUUUCUUAAUUUAAAAAAAGAAGUGACUUGACAUGGUGCCAUGAUUUCUUUUUUCUCUCUUUUUUUUUGUGAUACAGUGGUUUGAUGAGUUGGGGUAUUUAAUGGAUGUGGAGGUACCAUGUUGGUUUUCCGGUAUGAUGGAUCAGUAUAGUUCCCAACUGAUGGUAUCCACACCACAAUAAUGAAGACAAAUGGGUGUUAAGAAGGCUGUAUUUCAUAUUAAAUUCUGUGUGUUUGUACAAUGUCGUAGAUCUGAUCAAAGAAUUUCCAACACCAGUCACGUAUAUACUGGUGAACAGACUAAAAUAUCAGCUGAUUAAUCUGCAUGCAGUGUCAGUUUUGUUCGGCAAUCAGUCACAACAUUCUAUGAAUCAAUGAAUUGGGCAAUAUUAACUAAUGUAAUGGACACUCAGUGUGUGGACUCUGAUCACAGUACUAUGAUCUACCAAGUAAUUGAUUUUAUGCAUCACUUAAAAAAAUAUUGCAUGUGUUUUAUGACGCAAUACUACAGAUCAGUAGUGUGAAUGACAAGCAUAUACUGUAAACGUGGUUAUAUUCGCGGGGGUUUAAUUUCACGAUUUUGAUACGUAAACUAUAUGCCUGGGGGUAAUUUAAUUUCACAAUUGACCCACCUUCGUUUGUUGUUCGAGCUUACUCAAAUUAAUAUCAAAAUAAUACACAUGGGGGAAAUUUUCGCGAUCAAAAUGGAUCCGCAUAAUUGGUGAAAUUUCACCCUUGCGUAAAUUUCCGCGUUUACAGUAUCCAUCUAGGUCAGUUUUAUGAUUUACAUGUUGGUACAUUGUAGCUCUAUACAAAGAAAACGAGAUCAAACAAAAUAGGUAGUUCUCUACGUGUGGUAACCUUGCUUAAAAAAUAAUAUUACAUUUUGACUCAAAACUACAAUCAGUAGGGUGUAUUUAACUCUGUUCAACUCUUAUACAAUUACAUUUUUGUAUAGGUUAAAAUAGAAUCUUUAUAGAAAAAUAUAUUUCAACAAAUUCUGUGCCUAACUUUAUAUUUUGAAAACAAUUAUAAUAUGCAAUAUAUUAUGUAUACACAUAUAAUUAUGUACUGUAUACUUUCGAUGCAUACAUAUAGUCAGUAUCUUAAAUGGUUUUUUUGGUGGAUUUAUGGUGUAUGUUAGACUUCCAUAUUUUGAAUUUACCUAAUAAGGUAAUUUUGGAGGUAAAGCUAUUAGCUCUUAUAGAGUGGGGCCUUUGCCAGUUUUCUGGGUUUAAGCUGAUUAAGAGAGUCGGACUGAGUGAUGUUUUUAUGGACGGCCAUUUUUUUCUGUUGUUUUUGAUAUCACACUUGAUAUAUAUCUGACAUUUUGGCAUACAUCUGUUAUUCUAGCUUACUGUGAUAGACAUUUAACUUAUUUUUAGAAAAGAAAAUCAAUUUUACUGUUAUACAUUGUAGAUUUUCAAAAAAAAAUUGUUUAAUUUGUGUGAAUUUAAAAUUGAUAUUUUCAUGUCUAUACAGCCAAACUCAACUCAAUAAUUAUUCACAAAGAUUUCUUAUUACGUUUUCAAUAAUCCACUAAUUACCAUUGUUGUCACCUGCUGGGUGAAUGUAAUAAUCAUGAUGUGGGGUGUGAUAUCCAAAAUGUAGGAAACCCGCGAGAGCUAUCUCCGGGAAUCCUGGUUAGUCAGGUGACCUGUGGUUGGGAAAAACUGAGUGUGGUCACCACUGAACAAACCGAACAAACUCCUUCGAUGAUCAUCAAAGUGAUACAUGCUUCCAUCACCAUUUUGAGUUUUGCCUGUACAAUUCAUCUCAUUGUAAAUCUGAUUAUCAAGUACAUGUACUUUCUUAUUAUGACUUUCUACAAAUGUAUCUGAGGGUUUUAGUUGGAGAGAGUGGGCGGUCAGUUGUAUAUUUAAGCCAUCCACUGGCAGUGGGGUAAACACUGUGCAGAAAAUGUCUGUCUUAAUUUUGUUAUACAUAAUCAAGGUCUGAUUUCUUGGCAGGAGGGGGUGUACUUUACAGUGAUUUUAAUUCAUAUUUAAACUUUUUAUUUUGAAAAUAUUUUGAAAAUACCGUCCUGUACCCACAAACAACUUUUGAUGAUAAACUAUAUUGGAGUUUGAUGAAAAAUAUCUUUAUCAAUCAAGAACUUAUUACUUGACAUAUUGAUAUUGAAUAUGUAUGUUUUAUUUUAAAAACAGGUCAGGGUUAUUCAAGUCAAAUAUCCAAUGGGAUGAAUCCAGAAAUAAAGACAUUCUAUGAUUGGAAAUACAGUCUAAUAUAUAAUACAAUGCUGUUUGAAUUAAAUAACUUCAGUGGGUGCCUAUGAUGACAAACCAGAAGUCCUCCCUUUGGGUAGAUAUUAUCCUGGUCCAGGAAUAACCCUUGUAAGGAAAUAAAUUAUUUUGAAAUGAAGAAAUAUUGGUGAUUAAUGAGAAUUGCUGUUUAAAACAAAAAUGAAAUUUUAGAAAGCUUUUAGUUGAACAUGUUUUUACCCCAGGUAAGUGACUCCUUCUAAAUUGACAUGUGGUCGUUACGGUUAUUGAUAUAUAUUGUUAGAGUAGUGUACAAAACAUGGUUGAUUUGUUUAUUCAUCUGCCUUGUUCAUUGUUACAUUGAUAAAUUGUCCUACCACAUUACACUGAAUCUGUUAAUCAAUCUAAUCAUUGAUUUUGCAUCAGUUCCAUUAAAUUUGUUAAAAUUCCUAAAAAA